UCUCGACACUACUCCGACAGACCAUCUACAUCCACCGACUCACGUCGAUCGAGGUCACCACGGCGCUACCACUCGCACGGAAGGCAGGGUUCCCCUGUAAGGGAUGAUGAUGUGCGAUCGACAGUUUCUAAGUUGAAUAAAUCCGUAGCAUCCAUGAAGGAGUUUUACGAUGAAGUGCGCCUGAAGAAGGAGGAAAAGGCGCGACGAAAGCUAGAGAAGAAAGAGGCAGAAGAACGGGAACUCGCUGAACGUGAAAAGCUCGAAGCAAGGAGGAUGAAAGCCGAGAUGAAGGCUAAAAAGAAGGUUGAAGAUGCUAAGCGUGCAGACGAUAUGGAGAAGGAGCGCGGAGCGGAGAUGAAAAAAGAUCUUGAUAUGCACAUGGCGGUUCGGAUGAGCGAGAUGGAGGAAAGUUUUUUCGAAAGGUUCGAGCAUACUUUGGCACCUCUUUGCCAAGUCCUAAGACAUAAAGGGAAACAGAAGGUGUCCUAUAAGUCAGCGAGUGAAUCCGCGUCUGCCUCAAGCGAUGGCGAGAGUGACACCAGUGUCACUAAGGAGUUGAAUGACCACACACGGCGUCUAUGCAUUUCCGAUAAGCGUAAGCGGGGCCUUGAGCCAGUCUUUGAAGACAGCCCACCUAUGGAACAACCGCCUAAGCGUACUCCUAAGUGCGGCGCUUUGAAGCCUGUUAAGCUGAUCGCUCGCAUCACACGCUCCAAGGCGAAGUUUCGAACUCCAGCUAAGUCCGGUGUGGGUAAUGAGGCGGUGAGCGGGAAGAACCGUUCUAGCAAGAAGGGGGGUCUUUUGCAGCACUCUUGGCAGGUCACGAUGGAGAACGGCCACGGCUCAAAGGCGAAGGCGAAAGUAAGGAUCGUUGAGGAUGAUGAGGACGAGGGGGCUCGGCACCGCGGCGGGGAAAAAAAGGGAGCCGGCACGCGGAGCGUUAGGGAGGUCAAACGAGGGAGAGAUGAGAAUGAGAGGGACGUUGAUGAUGACGAGUCGCCGCUAAUUACCCUCUUGAGCAAGAAGAAAGCGCUAGUAGCGGCAGGCACGCCGUCGACUGCAAGGAGCGAAGUAGAAGGGGUUUCCGCUGCUGCUCGUUCCACGUUGCCUCUUCGUAUCCCCAAGGCUGCAAGUGCGUUUUGUGGUGUCGGAGCGAAGAAGAUGCCGCAGUCCUCGUCUGCGCAGGUGAGGAAGAACGCGGGCAAGAUGGAGGAGGACGAGGAUGAGAAUUCCGCGCCGAGUGUGCGCGCGCGGGGGCAGGAGCGGAGACUUGCGCUUCGUAGAGAGAGUAGGAGAGAACAAAAGAUGAACGAACGUAAGAGGGAUAACAGCGCGCAGUGGACACCUCCUGUCAUCAGACGCAAAGCUCGAGGACAUGGUAUUCUCAAGAAACGAGCGUCGGGAAGACCUAACGACGGCGCGCAGCGUAAGUGCUCUCAGCAUCCUUCUUCUGCUUCGAAUCCGUCCUUGCUAGCAUUGAUGUCGGUAUCCCCGCAGAUUGGAUCAGGUCGGAUGGCGGAUAGGCGGCGGAAGCCGGGGAGUGGAGCUCAAGGCGUGCGCCCUGGGCGGCCUUCCGCCGGCGCCGUGUCUGCUGCCCGUUCUCUCGGUUCUUCCGCCGCUGUGGAUCGUGCAUCAGCUGGAGAGGGGGUUAAGGUUGGGGGAGGAGUGGGCAGCGUGGGUAGCGGGCUGGUUGUUUGCGCGAAGGGGAAUUAUACGGCGGCGGGGAGGGGGAAGAGCAACGAGAACGCAUCGCUCUCGACUGCAAGAGCUGAUGUUCGCAAAGCCGUUGGUGGAGAAUCUGGGGAGAACGCGGAGAUUGCUGCUGCGGACCGUGGACGGGCGGGUGAAUCAGCUGCUGGAGCUGAGCCAGCACGUGUUUCCGUACCUUGUGCCUCGCCGAAGUCUAAAGCAAACGAGUUCGCUAUGGUGGCAUUCUCUGAUUACCUGCAGAGAACUAACGCCGUCUGUGCGCAGGCUCAGGAGUACGUCGCCAAUGCUCUUGGGCAUGGUUGGGAGAAGAAAGAAGCCAGGCCGAUGGCUAGCCAUGGCUCGAUAGGCGCGGUCGGCGGAACGAGGGCGGGGAGGGAGGAGAAGGACGAGAACAGGGGGGCGGUGGGGCAUAUGAAGGGUGGCGGUCCCGAACGACGACAACGGGAUAGGAGUGCGGCAGUCGCCGAGGAAGGAGGCGAGCUACGGGGGAGAAGAGACGGUGAUCAUAAAGAAGCGGAAGUGUCGAGAAGCGUGGAGAAUAGGGCGAAGAGGGAUGGGGACGGAUAUAGAGCAGCAGCAGCUGAGGAGGAGAGUGCGACUGUUCUCAAAGUGGAAUGGAACGAAGCUCGGGGAAAGAGAUUGAAGCAGCAAGCGAGAGAGCCACGGGCGGAGUAUGUGAAGGUGGAGGAAGACGAUGACGACGACGAAGAAGAAGAUGAGGAUGAUGAUGACGACGAAGAGGAGGAGGAGGAAGGAGAGGAAGUUGAGGGAGGAGGAGGUGAGGUCGACGAUUGCCGUAAGGACAGGAAUGCUGAUCCGAGCGGAUCAGGUCGGAAACGCAGGGUGGUUUCAGGUAUACCAUUUGGUCCAAUUUGCCCGCUUCCGGUCCAUGGGCACGGUCUCAAAGCCCUCGAAUCGGUGACGAACUUCGACUUGACCAGACGACUGAAAGGAUUCUUGAAGCGGAAGGUCAAGGCAGAGGAGAAAGCAGCAAGGGAGAUGGAACUUGCCAAGGCGGCGGCGCAGCAUAGGUCGGAGUCUUUGACAGCUACCAACCCCCCCCCCCCGCCAUCCAGAGCCAGCCACAAAGUGACUAGGGACAGCAGUUCACCUCCCGCGCGCGUGGACAGCCCUCUUUCUGUAUCAGGCUGUACGGUUGGCGGUCGCUUGUCCGAGGCCAACAGCGCCCAGCCGAUGGAAACAGAUGGAGAAGCAAUGCCAUCUCCGUACGAGCAGCUUAGGGAGAACGUUUUCGUCCACAGGAUACAGCGAAGGCUUCUUCCUGACGAGAUCCCGUUAUGCGACUGCAAAUACAAUCCGGACGAUCCCGACAGUGCUUGCGGGGAGGAUCGCUGCAUCAACGCCAUGCUGAACACUGAGUGCAUACCCCAGUAUUGUAAGUGCGCCGAUAAGUGCAGAAACCAGAGAUUCCAGCGCUGUGAAUACGCUAAGACGCGCCUGGUGAAGACAGCUCACACGGGAUGGGGGCUCGUCGCGGACGAAGACAUCAAGGCAGGGUCGUUUGUGAUCGAGUAUUGUGGAGAAGUUGUGUCCGAAAAGCAAACUAAACGACGGGUUGAAGCGUACUAUGCAGCGGGGGAAAGGAACGCGUACAUGUUGAGGUUGACAAGUCAGGAGGUGAUUGAUGCGUCUAAGAAGGGGAGCUUGGCGCGCUUCAUCAAUCAUUCGUGCAAUCCAAACUGCGAGACGCGGAAGUGGAGCGUGCUAGGGGAGUUAAGGGUGGGAAUAUUUGCGCUGAAGGACAUAGGCAAGGGCACAGAAUUGACGUACGAUUACAAGCUGGAGUGGUAUGGGAGGGACAAGGUGCUGUGUCACUGUGGCGCGCCCAACUGCGCCAGAUACCUCGGCGCGAAGUCGAAAGCGUUUCUGCUUCGUCAAGCGGAAGCGGCCGGGGUCGCGACUGAGGAGAACUCCGACAGCAUCGAUGAAGAUAUGCCCCUGCGGGGAAGCCGACAGUCUCCCAAGGGCAGAACAGCAAAUCAGCCCAAGCAGAAGGGGGUAUCUGUGGCAAAGGCGGCGGCGACUGCAACAAAGAUGAACGACUCGUGGAGCUGCACUCCAACGACAUUAGGCCCUUCUGAAUGUGCGGCGGCGGCGGCGGCGGCGGCGGCUUCUUUGCCUAUGAAGCAUGUAUUAGAGAGGGAGACUGAUGCUUCUGCGGUAGUUCUGAUUCCUGGGGACAAUCUCGUUCUAUCGGAACACGACGAUCAUGAUCAUCAUCAUCAGCAGCAGCAAGGGUUUAAGCCUCAAGUGGUUGACGAGGCGAUGGAUGAACAUGGGUGGGAGCUCGUAGGCAGCAAACGAGAGAUGAUGGGUGCGCCGCCGGACGAGGGAGGGACGCAAACGACGGCGGGCAAAAGACGGGAAGGUGGUUGUGCCUCUGAGGAUGGCGGCAGCGAGAGGAAGAGGAAGAAGAAGAUGGUAAUGAAGGAAGGAUCUUGGGUUGGGAGGAUAAGGCUGAUGGAUUCGGACUUGCUGGCUAGAUUGCUGCGGACGGAGUCUGCCAUAGCGGAAAUUGUUACCACGCGCGAAGCGGCAGUUUCGAUGGCGAAGGAGCUGGACAACUUGGCCGAAGAGAUGAAACCGAUUGCAGCUGAAGUGAACGAAGGGAAGAGGAAAGAGAUACCGAGCUGGAUGGCCGAGCGAUGGUUGUCGGCUAGUGCGAAACAAAUGCAGACAAUGUUCGCUCACCAUUACACUCUUGUUUGGCAUGCCCUCGGCCUGACGACGGAAAGCGAUGGGGGAGGAGGAGGAGGCGGUGGAGAGGCGGUCGUAGCGUCCAGGUCAAAACCAGUAGUGGGUUGGUAGUCGGGAUAGGGUCCAGGUUUGGAUGAGGAGAAACCUGGCGCACAGAGUUGUGGAAUGGUGGGUGUGUAGUCGGGAUAGGGUCCAGGUUUGGAUGAGGAGAAACCUGGUGGCUCACAGAGCAAUUGUAGAUCUACAGGGCAGUUCGUCGGUUUCGCGAAUAAGAUUAAGGAAGGGACGCUUUUAGUGGUGAUUAACAAUCUAUUUGUGGAAUCGUGUAGGAGAGUGUUUUCAGUGACAGGGUGGUAGAGUAGUAAACGGGUUGGAAGAUU